GAGAAAGUGUCCCUCCCAGAAGUUUCAAGCUUUCUUCUAUCCCUUCGACCAGAGGAGUCCCUAAGGAGGGAUACCAUGUUAUGGAUGGAGCUUUGCAGGUGGUUGCAAGUGAAUGACAGAUGCUUCAGAAAGUCUAUAACCUCUGAUUUUGAACAUCAAGAGACAUCAUCAUUAUGUCAAUAUGUACGCAGUCUUGUGGGAGAGUACCUUAAGACACCAACAUCUGAAAGAGAAAAUUGCUUUAUGCCUGACUGGUUUGAAGCUAAGCUUGUCACAACAAUGAUUCUGUUGGCUGCAGAUGUGGAGCAGAUGAGGAAUAAAUACAGUGGAAAAAGCAACAUAGAAUGGAUUGAACUAGAGGCUUUCUUGAACCCUCUUCUGGAUGUCUUGAUGAAACUUGGCAGUAAUGCUUACAUACCAACACUGAAAACAGAUAAAAGCCUACAGCUUCUCUUGAAGUUAUUGCAGACCCGUUCGUUAAAAUGUUCCAAUACGCAAGAUGAUGGAGUAUUGUUUUUUAUCUGGAAAUCUCUAAUGACACCUGUGGAGAGUAUUCUUGAAUUUGUUCUCCGACGGCUUACUACAAAUGAGUUAAGCACUGUUGGCGAUCUGGAUCGUUGUGAUCUAUACUUAGCUUUAAUUCCAGAGAUGGUGAAUUUGUGCUUGCAAGUCAGCUGGAAGAAAGUACCAUCUAUCAGGAAUUUCAUUUUGUCCCUGACAAAUGCAUCUAUUCGUAAUCUUCAGGAGAGAAAUUGUGAAGAGGAGCCGAAACUUAAAGAGCAGAUUAAAAAAGUAGCUAGCAUGGCUUCACUUACAGCAGUUUGUGAGAUAAUGGAUCGGAAACCUGAAGCGCACCUUGAAUCUCUGCCUUCUGUGGAUGCUCUGAAGAGGUUUAUUUCCUUUUCUCAAUUCAAUGAACUAUUAAAGAAGCCAUCUUAUAUUGAAGAAAAAAGUAGCUUAUGCGAAGAAACAGCAUCUCAAGGAUGGGGGAAGAUUGUUGCACGCUAUGUUCAUGACCAGUGGAUUUGCCUUCGUUUCAUUUUAAAUUCAUUUCCAACACUGGCUCAAGGGUGUGAAGAAACUUCAGAGAUGUCAUUAUCUACAGUUCAAAGGUCAAGAAAAAUUCUAGAGUCUGCAUUAGAAGCCCUAACUAUUCUUCCUUCAGACCAAGUUUUACCUGUGUUCGACUGUAUGAAAGUCCUUGUUCCCAAGCUUCUGGACUCAGUGGAGUCUCUCUGCAUAGAAGUAUUUGAUUUAGCUUGGAAAAUUAUAUCCUCUUUGAGCAACACACAGCUAAUAUUUUGGUCCAAUCUAAAAGCGUUUGUUGAGUUCGUCUUUGAUACUGAGGUUCUAGCUGUUGCUGCGAGUGCAAAGGGUCAAGCAUAUGCCAAAAUAAAAGAGAUAAUUUUCAAGCUCAUAGAUAUGUCCACUACAAAGACUGGAGUGUUCAAUGUAGUCCUUAGUCAUUGUUGUCGAUCUUGGAUAUUUCCCACUGUUGAUGAGAGAAGUGCCUUGACAAGUGCUUUCUUAAAUGCUGGAAAUUAUUGUGAACUUAUCACUGAGGCUUGUGUCUUUGGAACUGUAUUUAGGAGAGAUCAAAGACUUAUUCAGGAUGUGCACGCCUUCAUAGAAAAUCUUGGAGAAAAAUGUGCAGCAAAUGUUGUUACAGAAAGUACAAAUCGUGAUGAUCACUACGUCCGGGUUUGUGCUAUUAAAUUUCUGUGUCUGUUGGAUGGAUCAAAUAUCUUGCAUAAGACGUUAAUGGAAGACAUUUUCAUGAAACUACUUGAUAAAGAUGAGCUGGUAUCCAGAUCUAGAACCCGCUAUUAUGCAAACUCUUUACAGCAUAGAAUUAAAAACCGGGUAUGGCAGACACUCUUAGUCCUUCUUCCGAAGCUUGACCAGAACUUUUUGUGUGGAACCCUUGACAAAGUUUUCCAGGCAGGAUUUAGUAACAAUCAGGCAUCUGUGAAAUACUUCAUAGAAUGGAUUGUUAUCUUGAGUCUACAUAAAUACCCCCAAUUCCUUAAUAAAUUCUGGGAUUGCUUUUGCUAUGAUGAAGAAAAGCUUAAAACAAGCAUCUGCACAUUUUUAUCAGUGUUAUCGCACUUUGACAUCAUUCUUCAGAAUACCUCAGAGAAGAAGCCAGCUUUGAAGAAAGCACUCAUAGUUGUUCUACAGUGGUGUUUCAACCAUAAUUUCAGCGUUCGACUUUACGCAUUAGUUGCCCUUAAAAAAAUUUGGGGUAUGUGCAGAAUAUUGCAUGUGGAAGAAUUUGAAGCUCUGACACCAGUUAUUGAAUCUAGCCUUCAACAAGUGGAAAACAUGCAUGGCACAGGGAAGGCUAGAAGGAACUGGCAGCGAAUCCAAGAUCAUUUCUUCUUUGCAACAUUUCAUCCACUUGAAGAUUAUAGUCUAGAGACAAUAUUUUACACUCUUCCCCGCCUUUCGGAACUGGCUGAGGAUGAAUGGAUCUCACUUUCUAAAUUUGACAGAUUCACUGACAUUCCUUUGCCACCAGCAUUUCAGUGGUAUCGUUCUCGAAUGGAACUUCAUGAUCUGAAACCGAGUGACUGGUCUCAGCAAGACAUGGGUUCAAAUUCAGCUGAAACAGAUAGCCAGACUGAAUGGACUGAUGUUCAGAAAAAGAUUAUACCCUGGAAAAAUAGUACUCCUAGUUUAGACCUGGAAAUGGUAUUUCAGGAUCGUGCUGCUAAACUCGGUAAAUCGAACAGCAGACUGAUUGUGGUGGCUUCACUUAUUGAUAAACCUACCAAUUUAGGAGGUUUAUGUCGUACAAGUGAAAUAUUUGGGGCAUCUGCACUAGUUGUUGGCAGUCUUCAUUAUAUACAGGACAAGCAGUUUCAGCAUCUUAGUGUUUCUGCAGAGCAGUGGCUCCCCCUUGUUGAGGUGAAGCCAUCUCAGCUUGUUGAUUAUUUACAGCAGAAAAAAACGGAAGGUUACACUAUUAUUGGUGUGGAGCAGACAGCUAAAAGUUUUGAUCUUACAGAGUAUUGCUUCCCAGAGAAGUCACUAUUAUUGCUGGGAAAUGAACAUGAAGGAAUCCCAGCAAACCUGAUUCACCACCUGGAUGUCUGUGUGGAAAUUCCUCAGCAGGGUAUUAUUCGAUCACUCAAUGUUCAUGUAAGUGGAGCUCUGCUGAUUUGGGAGUACACAAGGCAACAAGUGAUCAAGCAAAAACAACAAAAAUAACUGCCAAGAGUUUUGUGCCUUACAGUACAGCUGGAUGACUUCCUAUGGUGCUACAACGUGAAAUUCUGAAUAGACGAGACACAAACUCAGGGUGAAUGAGUAUUCUUAAGUUUUGCAUGUGUUGCUCUCUUGUAGUUCAGACUGAUUUUUAAAUGCCUUAUUAAUACUUUACCUCCUUAAAUAAAACUGUUGCAUUGGAAAUAAAA